CUCUUCAGUGAAAAUCUGUGCACACUAAUGCCUUUAUCUCAGCUGGAACAAUAACUGAUAGAAACUGAAGCUAGAAACGCUCUGGGUGAAAAAUCUCCCAUCUAACAACAAUGGAAAUGUUGCCUAUUUAGAUGGCACCAGACCAUGAAACAGAGGAAAAAAUAUUCUGACAGAAGAAAAAGAAGAACUGGCCACUCUAUUACCUAUUUGGUUGCUUAUCAGUCAUUCUUUAAGAGCUGCUUUGCACAAAUGACUCAAUAGAUCAGAGCAAUUAAGCCCAUAGAAGCAUUUUCUGUCAGCCAUGGCAAAGGCUUCAAAUACAUCACAUCCUCCACAUUAGCUCUUUAAUGCCCAAGUAUGUUCCAUCUUCUCUUUACAGGAGUAUUAUAAGCAGGAGUAAAAGUAGUCCGUGUAGUUAAUAAGAGGUUUUGGCUGCGCAUCAAAUCCUCAGAGAGCAGCUGCAGCCAAAGAAAUCCUCGUGAAAUCUAGAAGGAUUUUAUACGGAUUAAUGGUCGAUUGCCGAGAGUGAAGAUAAUCUAUUAAGACCUUGACAUUUGUAAUUUAGCAUUUUAAAAGAGAUCGCUUUAGCGAAAGAUCAAAAUUCAGUGCGAUCAUCCUCAUUAUGUGUCCUUUUCCUUCGUGUGAGGGCGCAAAUUUAGCAUAUUCCCACUUAUCUCUUUCCCCCUUUUUAACACAAAUUUAGCAUUAAGCUUCAUUUUUUAAACCGUCGCAUUUUCAGCUUGACUUAGCAUUUUUUUAAGCCAAGAAACGCGCCCCCCCACCCCCACCAGCCACCUUUAAAAGCCGAGAUGGUGAACGGGACACCUCGGCCUGACCUCGGCUGAACAAAGCCAACUACUAGUCACUGUCUGGGAACCUUUUAUCCCAUUCUUUUAUUUGAGACCUUUCUGACCGGCCAGGUUUUGUUGUCCAUCCUUUGACCGGCCACAAGGCCAAAUAUGGCCCCGCCGUCCCUCAAUAUGGGCGAGAUUAAUUUUUCAGCUCCGGCCAUCUGUGGGGGUAAAAGUCAGUCAGCUAAAAGUCAUAAAUCUACAGUCAGUGCGUGUUCAAUAGGGGCUGUGUGGCAGUGGGAGAUAGAUAGAUAGAUAGAUAGAUAGAUAGAUAGAUAGAUAGAUAGAUAGAUAGAUAGAUAGAUAGAUAGAUAGAUAGAUAGAUAGAUAGAUAGAUAGAUAGAUAGAUAGAUAGAUAGAUUUGAAUUACUCGAAUAGUAACACUUUAGACUCAGGAUUAUUUUUUCUGUGUCCACAAAUACCUAAUUGUAGCAACUUCCCCGGCAAGCAACUCUUCAUUAGUCCUAUAAUGAACUUUUUUUCCUCCAAAUUAUCCCAUUACGUCUGACAUAAACAACCAAAAGUGUCGCCUCUCAUUGGCUGGUCGCAGGGUCACGUGGCCCGCGCGGCCGUCCGUCUAUUUGACAGCCGCAGGAUGGCUUCAUGCCAGAGGGGGAAAAAGAGACAGAGAGAGGGGAGAGAAAGAAAAAUUAGUAUUCUCCUACCAGCUUCGCUAUAAAUCAAUCAUGGAGUCCUACGUGGUGAGCUGUAAAUAUGCUGAGCCGCAGUUCCCGCCAUGUGAAGAAGAUUACAGUAAUUUUAGUGACCAAGGGGGGUAUUACAACAACCCCGAGGACAGUGGUACUUAUGGAGGGGGAUACAUGUCCAUGCAGCCCCCUCCGCCUCCCUACACACAACAACAAAGCGGUUAUCAACAUUCUUUGCAGGGGCCUCGCCGCGAGGAUGGAGAGGACCACUCGCAGCAUCAAGGUGCACCCUACCCGGUCUACAGACAGACAGACGCCCCCGUGAAGGAGAGGUUCCCCGUGGGUGACCUGCAGUGCCAGGCCUGGAUGACCUGUACAAAGCCCGCUCAGGUGCAGAGGAAAACGGCCUGCCAGGGCAAAGACAAGCCGCCCAUUGUUGUCUACCCGUGGAUGAAGAAAGUGCACGUCGCUCAUGUUAAUCCAAACCACGUGGGCCCGGAGCCAAAGAGGUUGCGGACGGCCUACACGCGACAGCAGGUCCUGGAGCUCGAGAAGGAGUUCCACUUUAGCCGUUAUCUCACGCGCCGCCGCCGCGUUGAGGUGGCACACGCGCUCUGCCUGUCCGAACGCCAGGUGAAGGUGUGGUUCCAGAACCGGCGCAUGCGCUGGAAGAAAGACAACAAGCUGCCCAACACCAAAGGAAAGAGCAAAAACAAGAAAGCGACUGACAACAACAACAACAAUAGCAGCAGCAGCAACAGCAGUACGAGCAGCAGCGAUAACAUGAAGACGGUGAUAACAGUCUGAACACCGGAGCAGAGUUUGGCCGUCGAAGGCAGCCAUGGUAGCACCUUCUCCAACGAUGUUGAUGAUGUUGCUUAAUUUAUCCAGGGUGACUGCAGUCCUCAAACAAUUCUCAACUGCUUUAAAGUUGCAGCCUUGACGAACACAAGACUUUAUAAAUUCCAUAAUGUAUUAUUUUUUUUUCGUUGUUUUUAACUUCAACUUUGAAGCUUUUUAAAAAGUCUUUCUAUUCCACCCACAUUCAGUCUCGUAAUUAAUUCAUUAAUGAAUAUUUUUAAGUUUGCAGAGGGCCCGACAUCUCUCUGGUGCAAUUAGAGAAUUGUUUCACGUUUAGACAUCCGAAGAAGACGCAGAAGCAUGGCGCCAGUUCGUUGCGGUGCCAAAGUACUUGUGACUGCGUUGAACGAGGAUAAAACAGGGUUUUAUUUUCUCUACAGGGUAAACAUAAUACAGGGUUGUAUAGCAGCUACCUAAAAGCUGAAAUAUCCUAAUUUAUGAAUAUGCACAUUACCAAAAUGUUACACAAACUGGCGCUUAAAGGGUAACAGAAGAGCAGACACACCAAAUUACGUGUUGAGUGGCUGCACAAAUUAUGUUUUAACUUGUAUUUUGUACAGAGAAGCAUCCAAAAAUAAUGCAUAUUUAGUAGGAAAGUAGCCAUAUUUUUUUUUCUUGCAUUAUUAUGUUUUUCCCACUUAGACGCAUACAAAUAAUUUUUAAAAGAGCCAAACUGAAGGUACAAGUUUUUAAUGCACACAGCUGACUGUAAAUCCAACUUCUUUUCUCAGGGUUACAGGGUCUUACAACGAGAUUUUUUUUUUCUGAAAAGCUUGUUGUUUUAUUUAGCACCGAGAGGAUUCUGAAAAACCAUAAAGUUGCAUAUAAAUAGGUAUGUUCUCUCGUUGAUUCCAGUUUAAUAUGCUAUCAUAUCUAUUAUAGUCUACGCCAGUACUUGUUUUAUUUGUAUUAAUUAGAAAUAUAUUUUAUUCUUUCUCUGUAGCAAGUAUCUUCUACGUUUUUUUUUCCUUCAAAAAUUCAAACAAAUAAAAAAAAACAGUGUAUUCCUGUAAUUUUAUA